UCGCACCAAGCCUUGUUACUGGAUGCAGAACGGGUUCAGUUUGGGCCCGUAGUUGCCCUCAAUCCUGCCACCUUGCUUCCCCUACCAGAGGAGGCAGAACAGCAUGACUGCCUACAAAUCCUCACAGAAGUACAUGGAACCAGGCCGGACCUAUCGGACCAGCCUCUUCAGAAUGCUGACCACACAUGGUACACAGAUGGCAGCAGCUUCUUGGCAGAGGGAGAACGAAAGGCUGGAGCUGCGGUCACUACUGAGGACAAAGUGAUUUGGGCGAAAGCCCUGCCUGCUGGUACCUCCGCACAACGGGCUGAACUCAUCGCCUUGACUCAGGCGCUCAAGAUGACAAAAGGUAAGAGGCUAAAUAUAUAUACAGACAGCCGUUAUGCCUUUGCCACGGCACACAUCCACGGGGAGAUCUACCGGAGGCGGGAGCUGCUCACACCUAAGGGUAAAGAUAUUAAAAAUAAGGCUAAAAUUCUGGCCCUCUUAGAAGCCCUAUUCUUGCCCAAAAGACUGAGUAUUAUACAUUGUCCAGGACACCAGAAAGGGCACAACCCAGAGACACGAAGAAACCAGCUGGCCGAUGCCACGGCGCGAGAAGCGGCCAUGAACAAACAAAUCUUGUCCUUAAAUAGCCCAGACCAACCCACACCCCCACCAGUGGGACAAACCAGUUGGGUUUAUGCCCAUGAGGACAUAGAGCUCCUAGAAAAAAAAAAUGGGGGCCAUCUACCACCCUCAACUAAAACAGUGGGUCUACAAAGGACUUUUGAAUUGAUCUCCUUUUUACAUAAAUUAACCCAUUUGGGGUUUAAGAAGAUAAAAACCUUACUAGAUCGGGAAGAGAUAAAUCUGUGUUUUUUUUUGAAUCGGGACAAAGCGAUACAAAAGGUGACUGAGAGUUACAAAGCGUGCGCUCAGGUUAACCUGGAAAGGACCAUGAUUGGACAAGGAGUUCGUCCUAGGGGACACCGUCCCGACAUCCAUUGAGAAAUUGAUUUUACUGAAAUUAAACCAGGUAUAUAUGGAUACAAGUAUCUCCUAGUGUUUAUAGACACCUUCUCAGGAUGGGUCGAAGCCUUCCCCACAAAGCACGAGACUACAAAAAUGGUCACCAAGAAGCUCCUCGAGGAAAUCUUUCCCAGCCCUUCUCUGAGGGCCCAUUUACAGGCCCUACAGAUUGUACAGAGAGACGUCUGGAGACCUUUGGCCGCUGCUUACCAGGACAAGCUUGAGCAUCCGGUGGUGCCACACCCGUUCCAGAUUGGAGACACCGUGUGGGUGCACAGACACCAGACCAAGAAUCUCGAGCCACGGUGAAAAGGACCCUACACCGUCCUCCUGACUACCCCGACCGCCCUAAAGGUAGACGGAGUCUCGGCUUAGAUCCACACACCACACGUCAAGGCAGUCCGGUCUGAGGAAUUGACUAAUCACAACACUACACCCCAGACAUGGAGAGUUCAGCGCAUUCCAAACCCCUUAAAGUUAAAACUCCUACGUGGCUCCUCCUAGCCCUUUUGUGGCCUAGAGUCAGUGGGGGAAUAAGCCCCCACCAGACAGAAAUUUCUUGACCAAGUCGAGUGAAAGAUUUCACUCAAAGUUAGCAAAAAAAUGGGGGAAUGAAAGACCCCAGCUUAGCAGCAGUAACGCCAUUUUGCAAGGCUGUACUUAAGAUGACUGGUUCAGGGAAAGGUUAGAACACUGAGUACACAGCGGCUGCCAAGCAAGAUGUGUUUGGUUGAAGGCCUGGCAACAGGACGACUUCGGUUGAGCACCUGACAAUGAAGAAACUUGCCCCCGGGCUGAACCCUUGGGGGGCCGAGUCAGCCGUUAUGUUUCAGGAAGGUAGCUAGGCCACCAAUUAUAUCCCUGUAACCAUGCAUCUGCUUCUGUAUGCUUGCUUCUGCUCCCCAAAAUCCUAUAAAAGCCCAUCCUUGGUUCCGUGGGGCGCGCCAGUCCCCCGAGUGACUGAAGCGCCCGCAGGUGCCUGUGCCUGUGUAUCCCGACAAUAAACCAAAUCCUCUUGCUGAUUGCAUCCUGUGGUGUCUCGGUCUGGUCUUUGGAGUUGGAGGGUCUCCAUCCUGAGGGAAAGUUCUCCCUGAGA